AUGGCGUCGCGAGCAGCAAACGACGGGGCUGUCCGGCCCGACGUGGGCGACCUCUUAAUGGUGAUCCACGACUUUAUUGCCCGCAGCUCAGAUGAGCUGAGCCUUAAGAAGGGGGACCGCGUGGAAUUGCUAGAACGAGACGACGAGUUUGGAGACGGCUGGUUUCUCGGCCGCCACAUGACGAACAACAACACCGGUCUCUUCCCUGAAGUCUAUACCCGACCGACCCCAAGAGCCGUCUCGAACCCUGCCUCGACCCCUGCUUUCAUGUCUUCACAGCCGCUCUCUCCCCUGGUAGAAGUCACUCAAGAGGCAUCCCUCCAGGCCACCCCGAUUGCUCAUCCUGCCGCCAGCUCAUCUGCCAUGCCCCUCUCCUCAAUCGCAUCGCCUUCUGCUAUGCCAGCGCAUUUGAUGGGCGCCGAGUCAGCUCCCGUGUCUGGCCUGGGUGGCACAGGAUCCCCCGUUUCCGCUCUGGACAACAGCGGACAGGACGAGUUUCUUAGCGAAACCCUCAACGUCAUCAACGAGCACAUCACCCACCUGCAGUCACCACCCGGCACCAGUGCUGGCAACACAGCCGCUACAGACUCUGGCAGCGAGUACAGCGUUGCGAUUGACCACCGAAUGUCGUACAUCCAGGGCGAAGAAACGGACGAAGAGGAGGAGGCCGAACACAGUCGCGCCGAGGUGGAGGCUUGGUCCCCAGACGACGUGGCCGAGUAUCUCUUUACCGAAGGCGUGGAGAAGCACCAUUGCGAAGUGUUCAGGGACCAGGAAAUUUCGGGUGAGGUGUUGCUAAGCAUGGACCAGAGCUCCCUGUUCAUUAAGGAUUUCGAUCUGGGGUCCGUGGGCCGGCGCUUGAAAACGUGGCAGAAGAUUAAGGCCCUUCAAGACAUGGUUGCCGGUGAUGAGCCAGAUACCCGGCGCGCCACGCACACGCGCGGCAGCGAUGGCGGAUCCGAAGAUGCGAAACGGACGAGAAGCCGAACGAGCACCCUGACAGGGAACUCAAUAUCAUCACGACCCACCUCUGUGCAGGCUAGGCGCCUGUCCCUGGCUCAGUCAUCUAACAAGGCCUCUCCAGCCGCACAUAUAACCCCAACAAACGGCUCUCAGGAGAGCCCGUCGCGUACACACGUCAAGCGCCCUUCUGCGGCGUCCAUCCGAGACCUCAACCACUCACGACGCCACUCCUCGACCGAAUUCCGCCUCCCAGGCUCCAAUGCAACGGUGCCCAAGGUAUCGGCCAACGCAAACCUGUCCGUGGGUGAUGGCGUGCAUAAGAAACAGCCCUCUUUUGAUCGAAACUGGACCCUGGGCGGCGCUGUCUCGCAGACCUCUCAACGGCCGCUCUCCUCCACGGGACUGCAGGAAAUGCUAGGCACCUCCGACCCCGAGCUGCAGGACUCCGCCGUCGAGCUGGACCGGGGCUACUUCUCCGGCACCGAGGUAUAUAGAAAGGGGCGCAAUGUUCUGCGGAAACGUGAGAGCGCUAACCACGGGACCGAGCAGAGCUACGCCGACGAGCAGAGAGUGCGCAGCGCAACGGCCCUCUCCCGGCAUUCGAGAUACGGUAGCGUCGACUCUUUCCGGGACGGAGCGCCGUCGGCCGCCCAGAAGUACUACGGCAUCCAGGCGAGCCCCCACAGGCGGAACGCCUCCACCAACACGACCGACUCUGUCCGCCCGCCGCCCCCGGCCAAGGAUGGACCGGCGCCGGCCGUGACCAACCUGGAUACCAUGAUGAACCCUGCCCAAUCGGAGGCGUCGCCAGUCGUCGCCAAAGGCCAGGGCCUCAGCGCCGACUGGCUCUCGUCGGUGACUAAACCUGUUGGCAAAGCCACGCGGCCCGCUAUGCGAGCCAUCUCCGACAAGCUUACCUUUGAGAGAUCCAAGGGCAGCGGAUCGGCCGACCUCUCGACGACUGAGCCGCCCAUGCCCUCACCGGUGCGAACGGGAUCCAGCACCGCUUCGGCAGGGCAAAGCCUGGAACUUGAUUCACACGAAGCCCUCAAGAGCCCCGUCACGGCGACGGCUCCCGCCAACAAGAAGGGUGGGAAGAAGGGCAAGAAGGAAACGAGUGCCUAUACGCAAGGCUUGUUGAAGAUCCCGCCGCAGGUGGCCAUGAAGGAUGCGGAUUACUACGGCUGGAUGAAGAAGAAGAGCUCCAACCUGAUGACCACCUGGAAGCCUCGAUUCUUUGUUCUCAAGGGACGCCGACUUGCUUACUACUACUCGGAGGAAGACGAUCAGGAAAAGGGCCUGAUUGACAUUUCAUUCCACCGCGUUCUGCCGGCCGAUAACGAGAGGCUGACCGGACUGCACGCGACCCUGACUGGCGCAGCUGGCGGUUCCAUCAUGCCAGGCGGCCACACGCCUGCAGGCGACGACGGCUUGACCAAGGGCGACGACUCCAUGUUCAUCUUCAAGCUCGUGCCGCCGCGAGCAGGCCUUUCCAAGGGCGUCAGCUUCACCAAGCCGACGGUGCACUACUUUGCCGUGCCCAACCUGAAGCAGGGCCGCCUCUGGAUGGCAGCCCUGAUGAAGUCGACCAUCGAGCGAGACGACACCCAGCCCAUCACAACGACGUACCAGCAGAAGACGAUAUCCCUCGCCAAGGCGAAGCAGAUGCGCCACCGGCCCCCGGGCUUUGAGGACGCGGGUGCUACCGCGGGCGGAGUAGACGGCGAAGCGGACAGCGGCGUGUCCGGCGUGGACAAGCUGGCGGCGCUCAAGAUUGACGGGGCUCGGCUGGACGUGAACUUUGGCGACAAGGAUUCUUCUUUUUCGCCGUUGAGCGCGUAG